UUUCUCUUCUCUUCUUUUCUUCUCCAGCUCCAAAUACUUCCGUCAUCUUCCUCACCUUCUCUACCAUCCUCUCUCCAUCUUCCUAUCUCCUAUCCAUCCUUUUCCUUUGGUUGACUGGACAAGUCUCCUUUCGGUUUUUGUUUGUUUGUAUUAGUUAUAUUCUUCUUUUCCCAUCACAAUGCUUUCCUCCCGUAUUGCUCGCGCGUUGCCGCGCACUGCCACUUUCGCUCGCUCACCUGCCUUCAGAGUUCCCAGUGCUGCUUUCAGGCGAUGGAACUCGACGGAGGGAGGAGAAGAGAAGGUGAAGGGUCAUGUCAUUGGUAUUGAUCUUGGUACCACCAACUCUGCUGUUGCUGUGAUGGAAGGAAAGUCCCCCAAAAUCAUUGAGAACGCUGAAGGUGCCCGGACAACUCCCUCUGUUGUCGCUUUUGCCCAGGAUGGUGAGCGAUUGGUUGGUAUCGCAGCCAAGCGCCAGGCUGUUGUCAACCCUGAGAACACUCUGUUCGCUACCAAGCGUCUGAUCGGACGCAAGUUCACCGACAACGAGGUUCAGCGCGACCUCAAGGAGGUUCCCUACAAGAUCGUCCAACACACCAAUGGUGAUGCCUGGGUUGAAGCUCGUGGCAACAAGUAUUCUCCUUCUCAAAUCGGCGGUUUUGUUCUCGGAAAGAUGAAGGAGACUGCCGAGAACUAUCUCAGCAAGCCCGUCAAGAAUGCCGUUGUUACUGUUCCUGCAUACUUCAACGACUCCCAGCGUCAGGCAACCAAGGAUGCUGGCCAGAUCGCUGGUCUUAACGUCCUCCGUGUUGUCAACGAGCCUACUGCUGCUGCUCUCGCCUACGGUCUGGAGAAGGAGGACGACCGUGUUGUCGCUGUUUUCGACUUGGGUGGUGGUACCUUCGAUGUUUCUAUUCUGGAAAUCCAGAAGGGUGUUUUCGAAGUCAAGUCCACCAACGGUGACACUCAUCUCGGUGGUGAGGACUUCGAUAUCAGCCUUGUUCGCCACAUCGUCCAGCAGUUCAAGAAGGAGUCCGGACUUGAUCUCUCCGGCGAUCGCAUGGCUAUUCAGCGUAUCCGUGAAGCCGCUGAGAAGGCUAAGAUCGAGCUUUCCUCUUCUCUUCAGACCGAGAUCAACCUCCCCUUCAUCACCGCUGAUGCCUCUGGUGCUAAGCACAUCAACCUCAAGAUGACCCGUGCUCAGCUGGAGGGUCUUGUCGAGCCUCUCAUCAGCCGCACUGUUGAGCCUGUUCGCAAGGCUCUUAAGGAUGCCAACCUCCAGGCCAGCGAGGUCCAGGACGUCAUCCUGGUCGGUGGUAUGACCCGUAUGCCCAAGGUUACCGAGUCCGUCAAGAAGAUGUUCGGUCGUGACCCCGCCAAGUCUGUCAACCCUGAUGAAGCUGUCGCCAUUGGUGCUGCUAUCCAGGGUGCUGUCUUGGCUGGUGAGGUUACCGAUGUUCUGCUGCUCGAUGUCACUCCUCUGUCCCUCGGUAUCGAGACUCUCGGUGGCGUGUUCACUCGUCUGAUUAACCGCAACACCACGAUCCCUACCAAGAAGUCUCAGACCUUCUCUACCGCUGCUGACUUCCAGACCGCUGUUGAGAUUAAGGUGUUCCAGGGUGAGCGUGAGCUUGUCCGGGAUAACAAGCUCCUCGGAAACUUCCAGCUUGUUGGUAUCCCCCCUGCUCACCGCGGUGUUCCCCAGAUUGAGGUCACCUUCGACAUUGACGCCGACUCCAUUGUGCACGUCAGCGCCAAGGACAAGUCUACUGGCAAGGACCAGUCCAUCACCAUUGCCUCCGGCUCCGGUCUCUCUGAUUCCGAAAUCCAGUCUAUGGUUGACGAUGCCGAGAAGUACGGUGCUCAGGACAAGGAGCGUAAGGCCGCUAUCGAGGCCGCCAACCGCGCUGAUAGUGUUCUGAACGACACCGAGAAGGCUCUCAAGGAAUUUGAGGACCGUCUUGACAAGGCCGAGGCUGACCAGAUCCGCGAGAAGAUCGCUUCUCUGCGCGAAUUCGUUGCUAAGAACCAGGCCGGCGAGGGCACCGCCACCGCUGAGGAGAUCAAGCAGAAGACUGACGAGCUCCAGACCGCCAGCUUGACCCUCUUUGACAAGAUGCACAAGGCCCAGCAAGAGCAGCAGCAGCAGGGCGGUGAGUCUGGUCAGCAGGGUGGAGAGUCUAAGCCUUAAGUGUAAUAUAGCACGCUAUUCGAUUCCCUUGCCCUGAUGCUAGGGCGUCUGUAUUCCUCUUUCCUUUGUCGCUUCCCCUUCUUUCUCCUUCCAAAUGAUACGUCAUUUGGCUGUCUUAUCACACGGUUUGUACACAUACUUGUUAUCUUUCGUGAUCUUGUUUGGGGGUACGGGAGUUAACCUUGCGCAAUUUAUCUAUGUUUUUUUUUUUCUCUAUUCCAUCUAAUCUGGUUUAUUUACUAUAUACCCGCUGGUGCUGUCACCCAGCCUUGGGGCGGGUCGUUGACCGCGGGAGGGGGUUGUUUACAGUUGUAACUAAUGACAUUACGGCUGGGGACCUAAAAAAAGAAGCUGAUGGGUUUUCCAUUGGAGCAUGUGAUAAUAGAACAGGAAAUCUCCUCUCAAUCAAAAUUUUGACUUUUGUCAGUUCGUUGUGUUGUAGGAAGUUUUAUGCAUUGUUGUCCUGGGCGUACGCACAGGUGCGGAUUCUAGAUUCAGGGUAUAUCAGAGUAGUGCAAAAUACUAUAAUGCUCUAUUAACGGAUGGGUCUUGCUAUAAUAUCCUUUGGACAGAGGAGGAUAAUAAUAGCCAAAGGGUCCAAUUGUCCAUAGUUAGGAAAGCAUAAAUAUACCUUUCGAGGGAGCAGUUAAAUUAAUUUCAUCAUCCA